AUGUUGCCCUCGACGACGGAAAAGCCGCCCAGCGCAGACUCGGACACGCAUCAAGUCCCAAUCACCACGGCCAUGGACGACAUCCAGAAGAUGGGAGAGCCGCGCUCGUCCGAGGACGUCUCUGUAUUCCCGGAGACCUCGACCGAUAUCACAGAGAAGCUCAAAGACCGCUACUUCUCGUCCGUCAACUACAUCGGAUCGUUGGCGGCCAUCGGUCUCGCCGGCAUGGCCGGCAUAGGAGCCUUUUCCCUGAUUGCGCCCGUCUUGUCCAACAUCAACCAGGACAUCGGGCCUGAUCCCAACUACGUCUGGAUCUCGCUGUCCAACAACCUGACCCAGGCUGUCAUGCUCACCAUUGUCGGCCGCCUGUCUGAUCUCUUAGGCCGUCGGUACUGCCAGAUCGGCGGAACGGCUCUGGCCCUCAUUGGUUGCAUAGUUGGUGCCGCAGCCACAAGUAUCAACAUGCUCAUUGGUGCCAACGUCCUUAUUGGUCUCGGCUCGUCCACGCAAGUGUCUUUUCCCUAUCUCAUUGCGGAAAUCGUCCCCAUCAAGAACCGCUACAUGGCUUCCAUCUACAUCUACGCCCUGCUGAUUCCCGUGUCUGGUGUUUCCUCGAUUGUCGCAACGGCCUUGUUCAACAAUACCGCGAGCACCUGGAGAUCGAGCUACUUUCUCAUCAUCGCCAUCAAUGCGGCUGCUUUGGCUUGCUGGGUGCUGUUCUAUCACCCUCCGUCAUGGAACGAUUUGUCCAACGCUACCUCGGACUCUUCCCAGAAGAAAACUUCCAUGUUGCAACAAAUCGACUUUAUCGGACUUUUUCUUCUAGCCGCAGGUCUUUUGCUGUUCCUGAUGGGUCUUUCGUGGGGAGGAAGCGUCUUCCAGUGGAAGUCUGCUGGCGUCAUCUCCACUAUGGCAAUCGGAGGACUGCUUCUCAUUGCAUUUGUGCUCUUCGAGCUUCGUCUGGACGGUCCACGAUCUCUGGUUCCGAUGGAGCUAUUCUCCAACUUCCAGUGGGUCGCAGUCGUUGGUACAUUGUCCAUGGCAGCAAGCAUGUAUUAUGCCUUCAACAUUGUGUUCCCACGCCAAGUAGACGUCCUCUACUCCAAUGUUAGCCCAGACCGCCAAGGAUGGCUCAAAUGUCUCAUCGGUGGUCCUCCGCUCCUUGGCCAGAUCGUUGCUUGUCUCUUCGCAACGAAAAUCGGACGCAUCAAGUACCAACUAGUUGUCGCUUCCGCCGUCGGUGCUGCGUUUUAUGGUGCGAAUGCUUGUGUCACAACCACAAACAUGACUACUAUAGUAGUCCUCCUCUGCAUUGGCGGAUUCGCUUUGGGUUGGGUAGAUGCCCUGGCGCUCGUGUCGCUCUCCGUGACGCUUAAAAACCAGCGCAUGAUCGGAACCGGCGUCGGCGUCGCCAGCGCUCUGAGGACGGUCAUUUCUACCAGCUCCGCGACGGUAUACACUGCUAUUCUGAACAACAGGCUCGGAACCACGAUCCCGGGAACUAUGACCGGAGCUUUGGUGCAGGCAGGACUUCCAAGCUCUUCAGUGCCGAGUUUCAUUGCCACCAUCCAAACGAACCCUUCUCAAUUGACCAACAUACCGGGGGUGUCCUCUCGAAUUAUCAGUAUUGGCAUGGAGGCAUUCAAAUCUGCAAAUGCAAAGGCGUACACGACAGUCUAUCUCUCAACCAUUGCAUUCAGUGCAGUGGGGGUCAUCUUCAGCCUGCUUACGCCCAAGAUCGAGUCCAAGCUGACCGACAGCAUAACCACAAGGUUAAAGGUUUAG